AUGGAUAUUCUCUGUGAAGAAAACACUUCUCUGAGCUCAACUACAAACUCCUUAAUGCGAUUAAAUGACGACACAAGGCUCUACAACAACGACUUUAACUCCGGAGAAGCUAACACUUCGGAUGCGUUUAACUGGACAGUGGACUCAGAAAAUCGAACCAACCUUUCCUGUGAGGGCUGCCUGUCACCACCCUGCUUCUCCUUACUUCAUCUCCAGGAAAAGAACUGGUCUGCUUUGUUGACAACUGUAGUGAUUAUUCUAACCAUUGCUGGAAACAUACUCGUCAUCAUGGCAGUGUCCCUAGAGAAAAAGCUGCAGAAUGCCACCAACUAUUUCCUGAUGUCACUUGCCAUAGCUGAUAUGCUGCUGGGUUUCCUUGUCAUGCCCGUGUCCACAUUAACCAUCCUUUAUGGGUACCGGUGGCCUCUGCCUAGCAAGCUCUGUGCUGUCUGGAUUUACCUGGAUGUGCUCUUCUCCACGGCCUCCAUCAUGCACCUCUGUGCCAUCUCCCUGGAUCGCUAUGUUGCCAUCCAGAACCCCAUCCAUCACAGCCGAUUUAACUCCAGAACUAAGGCAUUUCUGAAAAUAAUUGCUGUUUGGACUAUAUCAGUAGGUAUAUCUAUGCCAAUACCAGUCUUUGGGCUCCAGGAUGAUUCGAAGGUCUUUAAGGAAGGGAGUUGCUUACUCGCCGAUGAUAACUUUGUCCUGAUUGGCUCUUUCGUGUCCUUUUUCAUUCCCUUAACCAUCAUGGUGAUCACCUACUUUCUAACCAUCAAGUCGCUCCAGAAAGAAGCUACUCUGUGUGUGAGUGAUCUUGGAACACGGGCCAAAUUAGCUUCUUUCAGCUUCCUGCCUCAGGGCUCCCUGUCUUCAGAAAAGCUCUUCCAGCGGUCCAUCCACAGGGAGCCAGGCUCCUACGGCAGGAGGACUAUGCAGUCCAUCAGCAACGAACAGAAGGCUUGCAAGGUGCUGGGCAUCGUCUUCUUUCUGUUUGUGGUGAUGUGGUGCCCCUUCUUCAUCACCAACAUAAUGGCCGUCAUCUGCAAAGAGUCCUGCAACGAGGAUGUCAUCGGAGCCCUGCUCAACGUGUUCGUUUGGAUCGGUUACCUCUCCUCAGCGGUCAACCCUCUAGUGUACACACUGUUCAAUAAGACCUACAGGUCGGCCUUUUCCAGGUAUAUUCAGUGUCAGUACAAGGAAAAUAAAAAACCAUUGCAGUUAAUUUUAGUGAACACUAUCCCGGCCUUGGCCUACAAGUCUAGUCAACUCCAAAUGGGACAAAGAAAGAAUUCAAAGGAAGAUGACAAGACGACAGAUAACGACUGCACUAUGGUUGCUCUAGGAAAACAACAUUCAGAAGAUGCUCCUACAGAUAAUAUCAACACAGUGAAUGAAAAGGUUAGCUGUGUGUGAUGGACUGGUUGCCAUGGCAACUGUGGAGGGCACACUGAGCAAUUUUCCCCUUAUCUGGGAGGAAAAAGGAAAAAGAAAAGAAAAUAGGGAGACUGGAAAAGAUUAGGCCAGUCUAAUGGAACCAACAAUAAUAUCUAUAUGCCUCAUUUUAUUAUGUCAGUGAAAAGCAGGGUUCAAUGCCACAAAACGUGCACUUCAAAAAUAUUCUGACAGCAUUUCAGCUGUGAGCUUUAUGAUAUUAUUUUUAACAUUGUAAAUUAUAUGUCUUUAAAAUAAUUAGCUUUUAUUGUAUAAUUACAAUGAGGCCAUAAAUAAAUCUAAAUUUUCUUCUAUUUGCAAGUGAAAAACUUGCUACUAUGUUGUUAAUUGAUGGCAUGAGUUGGUUACCUGUCGCUGUAAACAAAAAUAGCUCUAAAUAGUGAAACAUUGGAUGAAUAUAAUGGCCUCUUACACAAAGAAAAAAUUCUCUUUAAAACUUACCAUAAUACACGUUUUGGAUGACAAUAACAAAAAGACACUAAAGACAGUGUUAUGAAAUCUGUAUUGCUAAGAUACUUAAAAGAAAUACUUGACAACUUUUUCAAUCCUGCUUUUUCAUAGAUGCCAUUUUGCAAUAUUCACAAAGUUGCUGGCAUUUGCUGCACUUCAAAUUAAUUCUUCUCAGAAGUGAACAAGAUUUUAAGUGUUAUUUAAUAACUAUUGCUGCUUUCUCUUCUACUACUUGUGCUUUAUUCUGAAUUUCCAGUGUGGUCUUGUUUAAGUGUUUGCUCUAUUAGGUAAACUAUCAAAAGGAUAAUCAAACAUUACCAGAUACAUUUCUAGAAACUGCUUCUCCUAAGAGCACCACAGAAGCGUUUGGUAACUUGCUCUUUAAUGACUGCAUCAUGCCUGCGCUCCUCUGAGCAGUAAGAGGUAUUGAUGUAACUGUGUCAGGAUUGAGGAAUAAAGUCAGGUUUUUGGCUACUGACAGCAGUAGAGUCUUAGGACAUCUCUGUAAAACGCAGGUGACCCACCUGUUGGCACCCAUCAGAUAAAUCGAUGCUUUCAGAUCAAUCUAUAUUAUUUACUAAAACUGUUCAGCUUUGGAUUCACAAUCAUUGAUUGAGUGUACACCAUCUGUGAAGAAAUUUCCUAGGUACUAAGGAUAUAAAAAUAAUUAAAACAAGAUCUUUGCCUUUAAAGAAAAGGACCUAAUUUGAAUGGCACUUAUCAAAACAGUAAUUAACAGACAUUUGGAAAAUCUGUUCAAUUUAUUUCCUUCUCACCUGGCUUAGAAACAAGUUUAUUUCAACCCCAAGGGUAGUUUUCUCAGUUAAGUUUCCUGACUGGUUGCCAACGAAUACCAACCAAACAAAGGAGGGGGAAAAUACCACUUGAGGUCAAAAUCUGCAAUUAAUUUAGGAAUAUGAGCUUCAACUUGGACCCCAACUAUGACUACCAUAGUUUUGAGCAAAAUAUUAUUCCACUUUCCUGAAAACAAACUCAUUUAUUACUCACUGACACUGGAUAUCCUACCCCCCAAAAAGCAGUAAUAUAAUGUUUCAUAGAAAAGUUUGUUAAGGAGACAGAGAUUAACAGCAGUUAAUUCACCUUGAUAUUAUUACUCUAGGUUAAAUUGCACAUUCUUAUCGGAAUGGAUGUUAGAUAUGUGAUGACAAUACUGAAGCAUUUCUAUUGAAUGAGGAAUAGUUUUUGCUGUAUGCCAUUAGAAAAAACUAUAUAUUUGAAAACUAAAGAAUGUGGGAGAUUCUGUUGUGUAAUUUGGAAAUGCAUUAGGUCUGUCCUAAUUAUGUCCUUUUAGGUACACUGAAAGGGUUUUUUUUUCAAAGCUAGAAUUUAUAAUAAGCUGCUAGUAUCUAGGCUGCAUUUGAACUAAACUAUUUUCAUGAUUAUACCAUACUAACUGAUACAAAUGUUAAAAAGUCUCUACUCUAAUGUAUUUUGCCUUAGUUUAUAACUCUGCCCAUCUCAUUACAUAUUAGAGAAAAGACUACAGAUUCUAUACCCAUAUACUCAAUCUUGAUGAGAAUGAACAUAAAUACUGCCUGAUAAGUCUUUUGACUACAUAUAUAUUACAAAUGUGUUAUGUUUUUUCUCUCCAUAAUUAUCUAUUCAAGUGUAUAUAGACAAACAUGUAUCUGUAUUCUUGUACAGACAUGUUCCCAUGCACUUUAUUCAGUAUUUAUAUAUUUAUAUGGAGGAAAAGCAAGUCAUUAAUGAAAACACAGUAUAUACACGUGUGCAUGUUUGUAUCAUGUCAAUUUAAAUGUGAAUUUCAUGUUCUAAUGUUUCUAUGACCUUCCAUUGCUGUCAAAGCAGAUUGUAACAGAAA